AUCAUCUUCUUCCUUUCUUCUUUUUCUUUUUCUUUCUUCCUCUUCUUUCUUACUCUUCUUCCUAUAUGUCUGCUGGGUUCCGGUUGCUGGGUUUCACCGGAACCCAGAUCAGCUGGGUUCGAGGAACCCAGUUGGCUAGAGUUCAAAGUUUUGUUGUACUCGUCUGUAAAUCCAUGCCAUUCUUUGCCAACUCGUCUUGUGAUGGGUUCGUAGCGUAACCCCACAAUGGUUCUUUGGUGGCUUUGGCAGGAUUUAUUUUUAUUCGUUGUGCUUCCCAUAUCACCCCAGCCUCUAGUAGCUCAUUUCAUGCUAUUCCCUGCUCGCAAUGGUCCUCAAUUUGAGUUUUGGGGACAAAACUCCUUUUUAGGAGGGCCUUGCCCGAUUCUGCUCUUCUUCCCGCUGCAGCCCGAGAGGAAAAAAAAAGGGGAACCCAGCCAUGCCUUUGAGAAACCGGUGAGAUAAGCUUGGUUUUCUCCUUCCUUUCUUGCUCUAGAACACACCUAGAACCCAGAAAUCUUCCCCCCCCUGCUGGAAAAGCCGGAUCUGCCCUGCUCUGCUUUGUCCUUCCGCCGGCUGCUCUUGAUUGUGGGUGAUUUCUGGGCAUUUUUUUGGUUCCGUGAGCUUCCCCCUGCAGAUCCCACCGGCCUUCCCCAAUCUGCAGCUCCGGUUUUAGCUGGAGAAUUAUGGUAUGUGACAGCCUUUUAAGGCUUAAAUUGUCCAUUUAGUUUGCUGCCUUGUAUGUCCGAAUUGUGUUGGAAAAAUGGGGGAAAUUCCGGUAGCCUUUGAGCAUGUUUUAAGCUUGGUUUAAGUGUAAAUUAGCUUGAUUUAGAUUGUUGUGUGAUUUUUGGAGAAAAUCCUGUGGAAUUAGCUAGUGUUUUGGCCAAUUUGUGAAAGUCGGGGUUACUGUUCACGUCAUGGGUACUGUUCAUGGGUACUAUUCAUGGACACUGUUCACACCCCGAGGGCCAACAAUUAACGGGAAUUUAAAGG